GUUGCUCGAGUGUCCGCCGUAUACACAUCCUGCGUUGCCCACGCACCGUGUCAUUUUCGGCGACGGCAUCCCAGAGCAGCAGCGAGUUGAGGCGGAGAUGGUGGCGGCCGUCCACAAGGACAUUGCGGCGACGGGAGCGACCAUCCUCACCGAUAGUCGCAAGUCCAUCACUAGCGACCAGAUAGUCAACUUCCUUGCUUCUGGCCCAACGGGAGCCUACCUUUUCAGGACCGUGCAGCGUGACGGUGCUGUUCAGGAGACAGCCGAGGUCGUGGUGGUGCGAUGGAAGGACGUGUUCGACAAGUUCGGUGUCGAAAACAUCAACGCCAUUUGCACUGAUUCCGCGUCCGCGUAUGUGGCUGCAUCCAAGCUCCUCGUGAAGGAGGAAGUCAAGUACAGUCGCAUUACUUGGCUUUCGUGUGCGGUCCAUGUCUGCAACUUGUUGUUGUCAGACAUUGCGAAGGACGGCACCCCCGGGAAGCUUGGGAAGAGGGAGGACACCAUCAUUAGGGCUCGAGCAGUCGUGCGUUUCAUCAGAGAGCACGGGGCGACUCUCAACCUUUACCAACGUUUCUCUGCCGCCCACCCCUCUUAUGCCUCCGCAGUUGCGGCCAGUUCCAGCGCUGCUCCACCCUUGUCUCAACGGCGAGGCAGAGAGCUUGUGUACCCCGCACAGACGAGGUUUGCCACGCACUACUUGAUGCUGGAGAGGUUGUUGGAUCGUCGCCGAGCGUUGGAGUCGUUGAUGAUCAGCGACGACUGGUUGCAGACUGCAUGGAGGAGGUCCAUUUUCUUGCAGCCCAGGUGGCUGCUGCGACAUUUGGACAGAGGGGGGCGCGUGAUGACUCGCAUGUGGUCGUGGGUGCUUGCCAUGGUCGACAGAGUGGUGAGGGCGAGACUGAACAAGACGUCCACGGAGGAGCUCAACAUCGUUGUUCAGGUUUGUCAGGCGCGGGUCGAUCAUAUGUUGGAGCCCGCACAUUGCAUGGCCCACCUCCUCAACCCUCGCCACAAGAGCAUUACGUAUUUUGGAGCGGCGAGGCGCAGCGAGCACGACAAGACACUCGCGGAGGAGUCACUGCGAUACCUUCGCCAGCAGACUAGCAGAGAUGAGGAGUUGUAUCAGACAUUGCGCACGCAGUUGGCGGAGUUUCUGACCCGGGAGGGCAAUUGGACGUAUGAAGGGGUUGAGGGUGACAGGGACGCGGCCUCCUGCAGAUGGGAGAAGGAGACGUCGCAGGUGGGGCAGUGGGGUUCAGGGUACGUUCUGCCCUGGGAGGAUGCUGAGGAGGAGACAGAGGAUAGUAUUCCUCCGCCUCGUGACGAGGGUGUUCGGCCAGCUGACCGAGUCACGGAGGCGCAGCGCGAGCGGCAAGUGCAGCGCAGGCGGAAGGAUCGCCUUUCAAAGGCUCCGCCCAGCGUCGAGACGUAUUUCGGUCGUCGCGCCACGGUGCUCAUGCCGACCGAGUUGGACGCCGUGAACGAUCCGGAGCCUGAUCCUAUGGCUCAGGACCCGAUUGAGGCGGAGCCGUGGUCCGAUCCAGACGACCUGGCAGUGGAGUCAGAGCCGGGAGGUUCUGAUGAUGGGGGUGACAAUGUUCCUCUCGUCGAGAUGUUGCAUCCUCGGACGCGUGCUUCCACUGCAGCCGCUGCGCAGCAUCUCCUUCCUCCUCCACCUCCGCCCUCGAGUGCUCGUGCUUCCACUGCAGCCGCUGCGCAACAUCCCCCUCCCCCUCCACCUCCGCCUUCGAGUGGUCGGGCUUCCACUGGAGCCAUUGCGCAGCAUCCCCCUCCACCUACAGAUCGUCCAGGACAUGGCGAGCAGGGGACUCGGGAUACUGUUGAGGAGGGACGCGACGACUACGACGAUGUCAGAGAGGGUACGAGGGCAACAGGGAAGACGAGGAUGAUCCCGCCUAUUCCCCGACACGCGGACGUGGUGACGACGACGACGACGAUGAGGGCGGCGAUGGUACACAUGCUGCAGGUGGUUUGCGGAGGUCGGGUCGACAGCGUGCCGACCGAUGCAGUGGUGCAGGCAAGGGAGGCAAUGAUGCAGGCAGGGGCGUGGGGGGUGCACGAGACACGGGGGCUGCAGGCCGUGGUGGCAGAGGACGGGCGAGGCGAGAGUCUGCUUCGUCCACUCGCACUGUGCACUGGGUCGAUGAGGGUGCCGCGUCAGCAGAGGUUGGCGUCGGGUCGGCAGAGCGAGCGUGGCAAUGGUGAUGCGGACGCAGCGGCCCCGCCCGUCAGUCAUAUACUCCGGGAUAUACCUUCAUGCAGCAUGGGUGACAUCAGUAGCAGCAUGUUGCAGGAGGCAGCAGCGGGGAUACAGGGUUCGUCGGGGCAGGAGGAGUGUGCAGCAGGGGACGGUAGGGAUUGUCGACCUGUGCAGGAGCGAGCGCCAGAGUCGGAGCAGUACAGGAUCGACUGCGAGGAGAGGGAGAGGGCGCAGGACUUGGCUAGCCGUUGCGAGAUGACACAGAGUAUUGUGUUGAGGGCACGGGCAGAGCGGAUGCUCGAGACGGGAGGUGGUGAGGGUCAUCGUGCGAUGGACGAUGCAGUGCUUGAGUGUGGCGAUGCGGGCGGUGGGGAUGCAGGCGAGAGACCCGCGUCACUGGUUCAGGGUGUUUGUAUAUUGCCUAUCAGUGAAGCCAUGACGACGGGGGAGUUGGAGCGGCAGGCACGGGAGGACCGAUUGCAUGCAGAUCGAUGCGGACGGAUGGAUGAGGCGUCGAGGAGGUUCAUGGCAGAGGGCCCAGCCUACGUGUCGUGCAACCCGUCACUGCCAUCGUCCACCACUGGUGGCACGACCUCCGUACAUGCUGAGGGUGCCACUGCCUCACCGACACCUGCAGAGUCUCCUUCUCCCAAAUCAAGGAAGAAGAAGAUGAAAGCAGGCAAGAGUCUCAGUACUGUGAGGAGGGUGACGCAUGCGAUGCGGGAGAGUCAGCCCAGGUUGGCCGGUUUACAUCCGCGGACUCGGGAGGCAUUGGCCCGGGACGUUGUCGUGGACACAGUAGGUUGGCGGGAGAGGGCCUCCACCCGGGCGACGGAGCAGCCCAUGACAACACCUGCUGCGGCGGCGAUGCCACGUACUGAGGGGCGCAUACCAGGCGGCACAGGUGGCGGCGACGGUGUCACAGAUGUGGCGACGCAGAGGAGGAGGAAGGACAUUGUGGACGACGAUGAUACUUAGUCCCACCAUUAGUCCUCUUUCGUCCUGUAUUUCGUAGUAGUGUAUAGUACAUUUAGUGCUUCGGAUGACGUGAUGUAUUCAUAGGUGUAG